GUAAUCUAUUCUUUUUUCAAUGAUGUUUUGCAAGGAACAAUACUCAAGUCUAAAAAGCUGAUAGAAGAUAGGCGCUUCAUUGUUUGGUGACAUGUUGCCUGACUACAAUCUGCAAGCCUCGCUGUGAAGAGGCUCUUGAUCAGCACAUCAGGUUCAGAUUAUUACAGAUAAGAGUCUCACCAAGGAAAAAGAAAGACAGCUACAGAUAGUCUUGCUUCAAUGAAACAUUGAAGACAGUCCAGAAAAACCAGACCACCUCAUGCUUUUAUGAAGGCUUUUUCACAAAUUUGCAUUCGUUCUUGUUACCCAUGGUUCUGUCAUUGACCAGGACAGAAGGAGAAGUGCGUAACACCAAGAAAAGAGCCACUCAGAGGGAUUUAUAAUGUCACUCAAGCUUCCCAGGAGGAUAAGCAGCAAGAAGAAAAGACCUCCAAAAGACAAUGCCCAAGAAGAGAUUCUACGCAAGCUUGGCUUGGAGGCCUACUCUACUACACCACUUGAUCCAGCAUCUAUGCUAGAUAUCUACACAUGGAAUCUGGAAAAUCAAGCUCCGGAAGAACUUAAAGACCUACCAAAAGUUUUCCUGCAACGUCUUUGGUUGCUUAACCAAGAUGCCAGAACUCCUUGUGUCCAACCAAGAAAUGAUGCUCCAAACAUAGACUUCAAAUCAGCAGAGGACAUGCUUAGUGGUAUUGGCGAAGACAGCCAGAGCAUCAUCAAUCCCCUUGAUCUGGUCACAUCUGUGUUUAUGUCUUCUAACCCUUUUCUUCAGCAGGAGAUAGCUGUUCACAUGAUGCAAUGCCAGUUUGCUGUCCCGCUGGUCCUACCAAACAUUGAUCCAGAAAAAUCAGGCAAGUUCCUCUUGUGGCCUUUAAGAGGUGUUACCAGCAAAUGGAAGUCUCACUCUCUGGAAACAAUUGGAAGAGUGCAUGAAGCUCAUUUGGCAACCACAGACAUGCCAACUUUUUCAUGUGUGAAACUUGGACAUCUUGGUGUUUCAAAGUCUCAGGUGCUGAACCAUGUUCUGAAUGGGCGCAAAUUUUCCAGUGAAACAUUUGUCCACAGGGGCAUGAACGGAGCGCAGAUGCCCCGAAGACUCUCCAAUGGUCUUGUUGAAAUUGGGUGGUAUGUGCCAUGUGGAGAAGCUCAUGACGUCUUCCCUGUCCCAGUUGCAAUCUCUAACCUACGUGGUAAUGCCAGCGCCCACGAAAAAUGCCUUCAACUUCUAUGUAAAGCAUCUUCAGUUUUAGUUGUUUUCUGUGGCAAUCUUCAGGAAAAGGAGAAACAGCUUCUUGUGACCUGCAAAGAAAUGGCAAGUAAGCUCAUCUUAAUUGACUUCUCAGAUACAGAAAUAUCAGAUAAUAGGGCUGCUGAGUUUGUGAAACUUCCAAGAGAGUCUGUCCUUCCUGCCAGCACUUUGCGUGAGAAGGAAGUUGCAACUAAACUUUCUGAAAUGCUGAAGGAAUUCCUACCAGACAGUCUGAAACUUGUAACUCUUGAAGCAGCAGCAACAUUUGCAUCAGAGUUAGAUAUGAAUGUGGAUGAAGGUCCUGCUUGCAGAAAGGCAAUGGCUGCUGUGGAAGAGGUCUUGAAAGGUUUUGAUGAAGGAUCAGAAAAAUUUCAGAUGAAACAACUUCCCUUGCAGGGCGCUCUGUGGUCCAAACUGUCAGAACUAGAUAAGGAGGAGAGCAAACAAAGAAAAAGAGGAAAUGAACCUGAUCCUAUAUUACAAAAAGAAAAAAAGGAUGUCCUCACAUCCUUGAACAACUACAAAAUGACCCCAGCUAUGAAAAUCUUCACUGAUUCUCUUUUCACCACUGAUAAAAUGGAGAGAGCAUAUUUUCUUCAUUGGCUCAAACUAAAGCUUUAUCUGAUUCAAGCUGAAAAGCAAGAGUCGCUCACACCGCUUCAAACAAAUGAUAAAGAUAGCACGUCUGAGCACACAGAAGACUCUCAGCGCUGUGCCAAUAGCAGUAUGGUCGACAAUGACAGUUCAUGCACAGUUUCAUCUUCAGAAGAUAAAGACAAAGAACAGUCUAAAUAUACCAACUUGCAGAUGUCUGAGCAACCCAACAGUCCGGUCCAAGAUUCAUCAGAUUCAAGAGAAAAUACUCAAGAACUAUCAUCAGAAGAAAAAGAAUCCCUCCACACAUCUAGUGAAAGAAACGUCCAAAGUGUAGAACUUGUAGAAAAAGAAACAUGUCUUAGUGAACAAAAUGACCAAUCUGAAAACCAAGCUUCUGCAGAUUCAGAACAAACGUCAAACAGUGACAGUGUGCCCCUGCAUCAGUCAAAGAUUGCGAGUGCACCGACGGAUAAUUCAUCUUCUUCUGCCAAACAAAUCAAACACAAUAUGUCACAGGAAAACUGUGUGUCGUCUUGUUCAGAGACUCUUGCACCUGAUUCAUUAUCACUUGGUGUUGAGAAUUUUCUGCGAGAGAUGGGCCUAAUUUUUGAGCUAACUCACACCGGUCCAAACAGUAAAACUCAAAAUGUCUUGCGUCUACCCAGUGCAGCUGCAGACCUUCUUCUCUAUGGGGUUCCGCUGGAACUUAUGGAUGGGAAUGCCUCAAACAUCCCAAAAUGUUGGCUUAGCUGUGUCUUUGCAGAGCUCAAACGCCGUUUACCUCAAGAACAGCUGAGGACCAGAGUCCUGACAAAUAUCGGGAGACACAAUGCAAACCAUCAAGAUUUUUUCUCCACCCUGUUUGGGGUGAAAUUUCCAACAAGGAGAGGGAUGUACAUUGCUGCCUUGGAUGUCCCGAUUAAUCUUAGACAGGAACUAGGGUGUGACUUUCUGUUUUUGAUCAACGUAGUUGGACUUUAUUCAUCCUCUGCUGAUAACAAACAUAAUAGGCUGAUGUAUGACAAUGAGAUGGCCACUGUAGCAACUGCUGUUAGUGAUAUUUUAAUGCUGAACUGCUCUCCUCAGAAUGGUAGACAAAAUGAAACCCCCUUCGCAGUUAUGGUCAACGCUCUUCUGCGCUGCAAAGAAUAUGGAAGCCUUCCCAUUUACCAGCUCCUGGUCCAAGAUGAGGGCAUUCACAGCAAGUUGCAGACUUUUCAGAUGAGACGUGUGUACAAUGUGUUAAAAGCCAAGAAUAGGGACAAAGAAAGCACUAAUGACAAUAAUCUAAGUACUGCAAAUUCUGCCACCUUCGUCAAAGGGCCUCAGCCCAGUAUGUUUUUUUCAGAACCAGUUGAUAUACAUUACUCCACGGCAAUGUUAAGCCUUAAAGAAGAAAUGUUUAAGGCACUGAAGAGAUGUGCGACUUCCAAACUCUCAGCCCUGCCCGAGUUUAUGAGAGACGUUUGUGCUGUUUGGGAGGCAGUUAAAUCAGACUCAUUUUCUAUUGAUCUGCAAGAUAAAGACAGUGCACUGGCAUUUUCUUUACUCUGCACAGAGUUCUCCCUUUGGGAAGAUACUUUACUGGAAAACAUGGAAAGCUGGCUAAUGGAAGCGACCAAGAAAAUCUUUGCCACAAAUGCAAGCACUUUGAACACCGACCAAAAUGACGUGUUGAGUUGCUUGAAUAAUGAAGCCCGAGAGGAAAUCAAAUCCGAAGUGAACAAAAUCAAGCUAAAUCUAGAGGCCUAUUUAAUGAAAGAUGACUCUCUCAGAAGAAAUGUUGAAAUGUUCACUGAAAUUCUGAUGAGCAACAUUGCCAACUUCCAGGACCAGGUAACAAAAGAGAUCUUUCAAAAGCUAGAGACUGUAAGUGAGACCCACUGCUCCUCCAGACAGAUGAAAAAGUUUGAGAACUUGCUGCAGGAAAAACAAGAGUUCAAGCUACUUGCACUGUCAGAGACGAGCAAGUCAACAAAAAUUCUAUUUCAAGACGCUGAACUGGAAGAAGAGUUUGAAGUUGUGUGGACUAAGACGCUGUCUAACUUUGACUUUAGACCAUCAGAGGCUGAUGACAUUACUUUUAGAGUGAGAGAGGUUCUCAAGCUGAAUCUAAUCUCCCGCGGCCUCUAUAAGCACCUGAAAAAACUUGAUGAUGUUGGCAAAAACCAGACUAGUGACUUUCAAAUUAAUGAUGAGCACUUUGGGUACCGCAUCAGACUGAAACACAUGUUUGAGGACAACAACAAGCAGCAAAGAACAGAGGCUCAGCAGCUGGCGUGCAAAAUAAAAGAAGAUUACAAUCAAUUUGUAGCUCACAAAUGUAGUUUACCUGCAGACUUCUCUGACAGCUACAUAGAGGAACUGCUCGAAAAUGUUGAAAAGGCUCUACAGGAAAAAUCUAUGGAAAUAAGAUCAGUAUUUGAAGUGGAUCUGAAAAUUUAUCUCUGCAAUGCUGCAUGUCAAGAUUUUCAAAAACUGCACGACCGCUUUGCUAAGGAUCGAGAGCUUUUAAGUUAUGUCUCCGAAACAAAGAGCAAGUGCCAGGCUGAGUUCAUCUACAACUUCAGAAAAAGGGACCAGUGUCAGAGAAUCGCUGAAGCAUUUGUCUCUAUGGUCAUCAAACCCACAGUGUUGGACUACAUUUAUAGACCACUGGGGAUGCACAUUGUGGAGGAGAUUAAAGAGAAAUCCAAAGAAUGUCAGUCUCCUCAAGCUUUUCACAAAAGCUUGCUGGAAGAAUUGGUUAAAGAGGAUGAUUUUGAGAGCUUCAAAGAAUAUUUGAUGUCUUAUGACAAUUUCAGGCUGAAGAAAAUCCAGGAGAAAGUGGUGGCUUACCUGUCUGAAUCGAGCGCCUUAGGUAAAUGGAGACAGCAGAAACUUGGAGAAAUCAUUGGAAAAGUUGCAGCAGCUGUGAACCAAACCCCAGAAGUUACGGAUGGAGUGCUCAGUGAGACAAAGCCACUUCUGGAGAAGAUAUGCCUCACUCUAGAGAAAGAUGCAGGCGUUUAUGUCAGCAGGGCUGCUCUAAACGGACCACUCUUUAGUAUCACAACAGAAUGGGAUCGUUUUUUGAAACAUUUAAUGGAGCUUCUGGCUUCAAUACGGAUGGAUCUCAGCCAGGAAUUUUCCCAAAAUGUGGAUAUCACCCAGCUACUUCACAGCCUUUCAGUUCAGCCUCAGGAAUACCUGUUUAACACAGUAAGAAGCUGUGACAACCGCUGUCCUCUGUGCAAAGCCCCCUGUGUGGAAGAGGCACUGGGUCAUGGGGUUCACAAGCCUUUGCUCCACUGGCCUAUAUGUAUGCUGCCAAUCGACUCCCAUUCCCAGUCCUGUGUCAGCUGCUGUGACAACCAGACACCAGGUCACAACAGUGAUGCACAAGGAAUGUACCACGCAUGCAAAGACCUUCAAUCUCUUUAUCCAAACUGGAGCAACCCACUGGAUGACACAAACAGCCAAAAUACAAGCGAUUACUGGAGGUACAUGCUGGCGAGGUUCAAUGAGCAAUUGGCAGCACAGUUCCAUCAGGAACCAGCGAAGAUUCCUGAGGAGUGGAAGAAAAUUACUCAGCAGGAGGCCUUAGAGAGUCUGAGGGAGAUCGUCCCCACAAGGGAGUGCUGAAAAAAAAUAAUACAGAAGCCUUUUUAAAACCAUUUUGACUGUUUACAAUUGAUGAUGUGAUUUAUGGAGUGCUGAGAGCUUUUUGUUAUUGUUCGCUUCAAGUCAAAAUAAUACCUAAAAAAAAAAAAA